CUGAAGUUGUCUUUUGUCACAGGACGGGUGCAACUGACUAGGGAGGAAGUGUCCCGAAGCUCUGCAAACUGGCCGGUGAGCCAGGAGGCCUGGACCGGCUGUCGGACCCCGCAGCACUCCCAAGGAUGAGCGGCCGCUUCUUCCCUGCCUCCCGGCCGUUACCCUUUUAAAUGUCAGCGUUCGAGACUGUAGGGGUAGCACGAGGCAGUGGAACGGAACAGUCGGAUUGGCCGCACGCCUCAGUUCUAGACGCACCUCUCCACCGAAAGGCCGUUCUGACUGGCAGGGGGAGAAAGUAAACAGAGUUGAAUCACCCUCCCCACUGGCCAAUUGGAGGGGGUUUGGAUUGUGACGUGAUGGGAUUCUGCGAAAUUGUUACUGAGCGAGAGAAUGCCGGAACGGUGCGGACCGGCCAGAGCAGGGGCUCAGAAGCCGUCAGUGGACUGGGGGAAAAGUGUGUCUUAGACCUUUCGCUCGGUCCGGUCCUUGCCACCCGCGUCGGGGUGGUGGGGUGAAUGUCUAAGGGCUUUGGCUCGACGGUGAGGCGGCCGAGGGCGUGUGCUUCUCUUGCAGUUUCCUCUCCCAGCGCCUCGGGGGCGUUUUCAGUCGUUUAAACUUGCGACCGCCACGUGUGGCAUCUUUCCAAGGGAGCCGGCUUAGAGGGGCCGGGGCGCCUGUCGUGGAGAUCGCGCCCGGAGAAGGGCAGGGACAGUGGCGAGAGGCAGCGGCACGGCGGAGACCCGGGCCGUGGAUGCUGCGUGCGGAGGCGCUGACGGUUACGUAAAGAUGAGGGGCUGAGGUCGCCUCGGCGCUCUAGCGAGUCGGAAGCGCCCGGCGCCCCCGCCCCCUUGGCCGCCGCGCCGCGCCGCGCCGCGCUAGUCGUCCGAGGCCAGGGCAGCCAGAGCCGAACCUCCGCAGCCACCGCCAACUUUGACCGCGCCUCCGAGGCUGCUGUCUCCCGCACCAUGUCCGCGGCCGCCUACAUGGACUUUGUGGCUGCCCAGUGUCUGGUUUCCAUUUCGAACCGCGCUGCGGUGUCGGAGCAUGGGGGCGCUCCAGAAACCGAGCGGCUGCGACUACCUGAGCGCGAGGUGACCAAGGAACACGGUGACCCGGGGGACACCUGGAAGGAUUACUGCACGCUGGUCACCAUUGCCAAGAGCUUGUUGGAUCUGAACAAGUACCGACCCAUUCAGACCCCAUCGGUGUGCAGCGACAGUCUGGAGAGUCCUGAUGAGGAUAUGGGAUCCGACAGCGACGUGACCACCGAAUCUGGGUCGAGUCCUUCCCACAGCCCGGAGGAGAGACAGGAUCCUGGCAGCGCGCCCAGCCCGCUCUCCCUCCUCCACCCUGGAGUGGCUGCGAAAGGGAAACACGCCUCCGAAAAGAGGCACAAGUGCCCCUACAGUGGCUGUGGGAAAGUCUAUGGAAAAUCCUCCCAUCUCAAAGCCCAUUACAGAGUGCAUACAGGUGAGCGUCCCUUUCCCUGCACGUGGCCAGACUGCCUUAAAAAGUUCUCCCGCUCAGACGAGCUGACCCGCCACUACCGGACCCACACUGGGGAAAAGCAGUUCCGCUGUCCACUGUGUGAGAAGCGCUUCAUGAGGAGUGACCAUCUCACAAAGCACGCCCGGCGUCACACUGAGUUCCACCCCAGCAUGAUCAAGCGAUCGAAAAAGGCGCUGGCCAACCCCUUGUGAGGUGCUACCCAUGGCAGCCAGGGAGGGAUGGACCCCAGAGGACAAGACAACUCCCAGGACACAGACGGACACAUGGAAACAAGCCCCAGAAGAGGCUUGCUGACAGCAGGAGGUCACUGCUCUUUGGUCAAUAUUCUGAUUUUUUCUCUCCCUAUAUUGUUUUUUAAAAGCACAUGGUAGCCUCAGAUCAAAGUGAACACUUGUCCCCUUGCAGAGACAACUUGGGAACCGUCUCUGACUGCUGGAGGGAGGCAUAUGCUUUUGUUUUUUUUUCUCCUUUAGGUUUUUUUUGGGGGGUGGGGGAGGGAGGGGGCAAGGCCAAGACUGGGGUAGAAUUUUAAAGAUUCACACUGGUGUACAUAUGUCUGACUGGGUGAGUUGACCUGUGGCACUACACAGCAAUUCUCUGGGCCCUUGAUGCUUGCUGUCUCUCUGAAUUGUUUUCUUACCUUUUAAUGUAAUGACAAGUGUGCUUCAGUUUGUUUAGCAAAACCACUCUCUUGAAUCACGUUAACUUUUGAGAUUAAAAAAGAAACUCCAUAGCACAGCUGUCUUUAUGCAAGCAAGAACACAUCUACUCCAGCAUGAUCCGCCAUCUAAAGACUCGAAAACAAAAAAGUUCCUUACAGUCAAUGGGUAAGCAAAGUCCGAAUUUAAUAAGACCAACCUUGGGCAGGUCGCACCAAGUACGGAACUUUUCAGCCUUGCUUUGUAUGAAUUGUACUUUUUGAACAUAAGCUGCACUUUUAUUUUCUAAUGCAGAGGAUGAAUAAGUUAAACACAUGCUUUGAGGAUAGAAGCAGACAUUCUGUUUGGCACCAUGUUAUAAUCUGCUUAUUUUACAGUAUACACGUUUCCCUAAGAAAUCAUGGCAGCGAUGUGAGGGCAGAAUAUACACAACACAUGCUGAAGGAGGAGGGUAGCAUUUAAAAAGAUACAAAAAAAGAAGAAAAAAAAACAAAGAACCAACAGAAUUUUAACUCUAUUAACUUGUCCAAAUUUUCCUAUCCUUUUAGUUAACAUCAUCUAGCUGUACCAUGAUGCCACUGAGAGAAAGAACUUUGGACCCUGUUCAGUGUCAUUUGAGUGGGUGCUUAACAGUCACUAGGUCUAGAGGGGGGAAAGGUUUGGUGGUCUCCUUCCCAUGUUCCUACAAAUCUCCCACUAUCAGGUGCAAGAGUUAUGUAAAAGGAAAGAGAGCUGAAGUAUUAAAAAAAAAAUUACCCUAUACGUAGUGAGUGUCAAGGGAAAAUACCACCUUGGUUUCAGAGGAGUCUCUGCUAAAUAGUCCCUUUUGGAGAACGCAGGCAAAUGAAAUGUGUGUGAAUGAAAUCACAUCACUGUACCUUUACAUCAUUAGCCUCACCACUAUAUAUCUUAUAUCUAGGUGUCUACAACUGGCCUAAACCACUACAUCCAUACUAUGCCAUUUACUGAAAACUUAAGUUUGGCUUUUAAUGGCCAGAGAAAUAAACUUGAGUUUUCAUAGUUAAAAACAAAACAAACAAAAAAAAACAACAAAAAACAAAAAAAUAAAAAAAAUUAAAAAAAAAAUAAACCUCAAAUGAGGGGAGUCAGCAGUGAUCAUGGUGGAAAUGUUUACAUUUUUUUUUUCUUCAGAAAUAACACUCUGGCGAUUUUAUCUGAUAUUUAAAACGGGGCGCUAUGGUGCACUCUAGUUUAUCCAUGUGCUAUCAAAUGUGCUGCGUAGACGCAGUGAGUGAGCUCGGUAUUUCACCCAGCACAUGCUCGUUCCCGGUUCAGAUUCAGGGGUGCUCCUGCGGCGGGCACGGGUCACGGCUGACUCCCACUUCCAAUACAACAGCCAUCACUAGCACGGUGUUUUUCUGUUUAACCAACGUAGCUGUAUUAGUGGUUCUAUCAAGAGAACUGCUUUUAACAUUAGGGACUGGGAGCAGUCCAUGGGCUAAAAAGGAAAGUGUUUUCUCACGAGAAAACACGUCAGGAAAAAUAAAGAACACUUUCUACCUCUGUUUCAGAUUUUUGAAACGCUUAUUUUAAACCAAAUUUUAAUUUCUGUGUCCAAAAUAAGUUUUAAGGACAUCUGUUCUUCCAUACGAAAUAGGUCAGGCUGCCUAUUUCUUACUGAGCUCAUGGGAAGGCUCUGCUUAGGAUACCCAGCACGCGCCUUUGAAUGAGUGAGGAGUUUGGGGGUUGCCUAGCAACUUGCUAACUUGUAAAAACUCAGCUUUCCCUAGCAGAAAGAAAUGAAGGAAAACAAAGUCAAGCCAGUGAAAGACAAUCUUUCUAGUUUCAGGAGUAAAUCUAUAUAUGGCUUUCGUCAAGCAUUUCGACGGAUAUAAAUGCAGCAACUUGUUUAAAAAAGAUGCACAAUUUACUUCCCCAAAAAAAAGUUGCUACUUGCCUUUUGAAGUUGUUGACAGACACACAUUUGAUAUUCUCUUAUAUGUCAUAGUAACGUAAUGUAUAAACUCAAGGCUUUUUAUUCUUUGUGAUAAAUCCUGUUUUACGAUGUCACAAAACAGGAACCAGCAUUCUAAUUAGAUUUACUAUAUCAAGAUGUGGUUCAAAUAGGACUACUAGAGUUCGUUGAACACUAAAACUAUGAAACAAUUACUUUUUAUAUUAAAAAGACCAUGGAUUUAACUUAUGAAAAUCCAAAUGCAGGAUAGUAAUUUUUGUUUACUUUUUUAACCAAACUGAAUUUUUGAAAGAGUAUCGCAGGUGUUAAAAAGAAAGAAAAAGCUGUUUUAUCUAACACUGUAAGUAGUUGUCAUAUUCUGGAAAAUUUAAUAGUUUUAGAGUUAAGAUAUCUCCUCUCCUUGGUUAGGGAAGAAGAAAGCCCUUCACCAUUGUGGAAUGAUGCCCUGGCUUUAAGCUCCAUAUCAUGCUUCUUUUGAGAAUUAUAUUUGGUAGUUAUAAUUACAGAAACAAAUUAGCUUCGUCAGUUUGCAGAUAGAUUUAGCAUAGUACUCAUCACUUUGAGUAGAUAGAGAUGUUCUUUCACAACGGAUGAAUGGUCUGUAACACUGUAAAAUACUGAUCUCUACAACUGUUUAAUCAGUUUUAUUUUUGUACAGUAUUAGUGACCUAAGUUAUUUUGCUGUCCCGUUUUUGUAAAUCAAAUGAAAUUAUAAAAGAGGAUUCUGACAGUAGGUAUUUUGUACAUAUGUAUAUAUGUUGUCCAAAUAAAAGUAAUAAAUGAAAACGA